CAGCUCUCCAGGCACUGCAGCCUUCCAGGUAGCUCCUGGCUCAGCCUGCCCAUUGCCCAGCCUUUGGAACCGGAGCACAGCCCCAAAAAACCCAUGUCUUCAUCCGAGCCCAUCCUGGAUCUCAAGGCAGACAUGGCAGAAGCGCUUCCAGCCCAUGGUGACCCAGAGGAGGUGAAGCAAAGCCACGAGACGAGGCAGGACCCAUCAAGCCCCAGCGGUGGGGAUGACUUUGCAACCUCCAGCAUGAGCAGCCGUGGUGAGUCCAUCCCAGCUCCGGCCACUGAUGACACCCUCGCAGGCAGGUCGGAGGGGAGGGAUCCCAGCCCCACAGACUCCUUGCCAUGGCCAGAAGCCCCCGAGGAGAGCCCAGCCCAUCCCAACACCCUGGACCUCUCCAAGUCCCUGAAGAAGCCGGAGGAGGUGAAGCAGACGGGGCAGAGGGCAAACAGUGACCACACAUCAGUGAAGGAGAACGGGGUGGAGGUCAGCCCUGCCGUGGUGGUGGUGAGUGAGAAGCGGCGGGCGAUGGAGACCGAGCUGGGCAAAUGCAUCGAGGACUUCCGCAAGAUCAAGAUCCCUGUCGCCUUCCCCAACAAGAAGCGGCAGUGGCAGAGCGAGCUGCUAAAGAAAUACCAGCUGUGAGCCCGCUGGCGUGCUGAGGGUCUCCACCAGCAUCCCUGGGUAGCAGGAGGAGGUGUCCGCAGUCCCGAAAUGAGGAGUGUGGGGUGCUCAUCAAGCCCAUCCAUCAGGCAAGGGUACAGAGUUCUCCUCACCAUGGCCAUCAGGAGGGUUGCAUGGUAUCCUAUGUGACAUAUGUGUGGGUGGAGGGACUUGGAAAAAGAAGGAAGGUCCAUGGUGAAUGCUCGGAGCCAGAGCUUCCGUCCAGCAGAAGUUCCCACUUUUAUGACAAUGACGUUUCCUAGUUUCAAAUAAUAAAUUAUAGUUGGUGUUGAAAAUGAAUUCCUUGCCCCAUUGAUGCAGAUGUUUGAGCUCAGCUGCUCCAGACUGUACAAGUGGUUCAGACAUUCAGGGUUCCCGGAUUGCCUGGCUCCUCGGGGAGCAGAUGGGGAGGCCGGAUCCACAUUCUUC